ACAUUUUUGAAUAAAUAUUUCUACUCUUUACUCAACUACAUUUUAAAUGGCAUGUACCGUUACUCGCUACAUUGUGUUUGUGCACGUAAAGUCAACCUUAUCUGUGGUGCUUAAUCUUGGGUGUCAGGGCGAAAUCGCCAUCUACUGGGUAUUGAAGGUACUGGAUGCUAUUUGCGAAUGCACGACUACUCCAUUAUGCACGUGAAUCAGCAACCCUGUGCCGAACGAUCGCCAGGUGUUAUACAUUAGCAAUGGCUGCAGCCACUGAUGAAGCCGAAGCCAGCACAUCAUGCAGUGCUAGCACGGAUGAUAACCACCCCUGGCCUUAUUUGAAAGAAAUGUUUUCAUUUACUGGUGUACAUAAUGACUCUUACAGGAUGAAGUGUCUACUUUGUUUGCCACGAACCACGCAAAUAAGUGCUUUUAAGAAUUCGUCGUCAAAUUUGAGGAAACACGUUGAGGUAAGAGCCUUUUAAUGCCAAUUUAGCCAAAUUAAUCUAUAUAAUCAGGGCUUGACAUUAACACCCGCCAAAUGCGGGUACAUUUCGGCUGUGGCGGGUAAAACAGCCAAUCCCACUAGCCACUUUUGCUGGUUGAAUUUUUUUAUUGUAGUUUUCUUAAAAGUUAUGCAAAAUUAUAAACAAUGCGCAAUGACACUGGGAAACAAACUACUCCAAAGAUCACUCCCUGCACCCAUCGCAACGUACUGAGACCGUUUGAGACGCGCGCGCGAUCAGCGGAAACUCGCGUUGCGCACCAAAGCGCCACCUUUUUACCAGAGAGAGAGCGCGAGAGCUGAUGGUUUUGCGAAUGCACGGGACGCAGUCUGAGCGCAUACGUACACUUUGGGAAAGAUAAAUCAAUUGCAUGGAAGUGAUUGAAGAGAUUUAAAGUGCAUGCUCGAUCUCUGGGCAAGAGCAGAGAGAAAUUCAUAGGGCAAACCUAAAUGCACACAUCCUAGUUUUGUCCGAAAUCAAAGGAAAACCCACCAAUGGAGAGGUCCGCGCAUGAUUUUAAUGAAGCCUACUUUGUGCAACAAUGAUGCCUUCUCGACAUUUGCCAUUAAAAGUCUUAAAUAACAUUUAACAGAAACCACGAUUAAGUAUAUAAAAUUUACUGCUGUUGUUAAUAAAUAUUUAAAGUGUUUUUCUAGGGUUUUUGUUUAUCUUUUUAGUUAAUCUUCUACGCCCCUGCUUCAUGUUUAAUAUAUUCAUUAGAAGUUCAUCUAUUUAUGCCUUACUAGCAUAUUUUUUCCUGCACCUAAAUAUAUGAUCUAUACUGAUAUUACCAUCUACAUAAUCUUGUCUUAAUUUGGUCAGUCUGCAUUUGAAAGUCAAUCUGCAUCUAAUCUAGCUAAAUUUAGUAAAAUUAUUCAAAUUAAAGUCAUUUUAGGAUGCCAAAGUCAAGUUUAAUCAUAUAAAAUGUAUUUUACCAACAACAAAAUUGUGGCUAGUGAAAAUGCUGAGUGGCUGGUAACUUUGGGAAAAAAACGAUCCACUUUGGCUGGUGAGCAUAAAAGUUAAUGUCAAGCCCUGUAUAUAAACCAUGUUUGACUUUACAGUGGUAUUGUAAGCAUAAUGUUGUUAACAUAACUUUGCUGUUUGUUAGCAAUACUAAAAGUUAAUACAGUUACUAAUCUAAUUAAACAAAAACACUGCGACAUGACUAUAUUUUGUUUAAAAUUUGAGUGCAGUGUGAAUGAAUGUAGUUACUGAAAUUUAAUGAUCUAUAUGGGAAGUCCGCUAACCAAAUAUAAAUUUUGCAUCAGGUGCAUUUAGCUGUGAAUUUGUGAUUGUGUUUAUCAUUGAAUUUAUAUUUUACUAAGUUAAAAAAUAACACUGCUCUUCUUUGUUUUAUUUUAUUACAGAGAAAACAUCCAAAUCACUUAAAUAAGUAAUCAGAAUUGACCACGAUCUCUCAGAAGAGAAAGAAUUUAAGCAAAAAUAUGGAGCCGCUGAAGAAACAACUCAAAAUUGGAGAGACCAAGAUCAUUUCUCAAGCAACCGUUGAUAAAGCUGUACUGCGAUUCAUUGUAUAUGGUCUCCAACCUUUCAGCGUGGUUGAAAAGGAUGAAUUUAAGGGCCUGAUUCAUGACUUGCAGCCUAACUCAACUGUACGGUCACGAUCAACCAUCUGUGCCAAGAUAGAGGAAGCUGCAGGAGAAAUGAAGAAAAGUUUAACAGAAGCCAUGAGAGGGGUUGAAUACAUCUGUACAACCACUGAUUGCUGGAGUGCAAGACGUCGCAGCUUUAUAGGUAUGACAGCGCACUGGAUUGACCCAGACAAUCUGCACCGAUGCUCUGUAGCACUUGCUUGUCGACAGUUAAAGGGGUCUCACACGUUUGAUGUACUUGCAGCUGCAAUACAUGACAUACACUCUGAAUUUGAGAUCCAUGAAAAAGUUGUCUGUAUAACAACAGACAAUGGGUCCAAUUUUUUGAAAGCAUUUCGUGUCUAUGGAGGUGAGAACAUACAACACAGCAACAACGCAGAAAGUGCAACAGCAACCACAUCAGAAGAUGAGGAUGAAUCUGACACUGAAGAUCAGGAGAAAUGUGAGGAGAUUGAAUAUAUUGAGGUUUCUGAAAUUCUAGCCAUGGAUGACCUUGAAUUUCAUUUGCCCAAGAACCAGCGUUGUGCUUGCCAUCUUCUGAACCUGGUUUCCACUGUGGAUGUUGACACUGCUCAAAUGGAUGAAACAUACAAAAGGUUAUCAAGAUCAUCCUUCUCCAAAUGCUGGGCCUUAUGGAACAAGACUGGCCGGUCCAACAAAGCUGCAGAGAUGAUGGAAGAGGAAUGCAGUUUGCAGUUAAUUCGUCCAAAUGCCACACGAUGGAACUCUUUGUUUCUUUCAGUGGAGAGGAUCCUGAAAAUCAUGAAGGAAAAGGGAGAUGGGGCUUUCCGGAAUCUCUGUGCGGAGUUCAAAAUCCCCAUGUUCACUCCUGCAGAAAAGGCCUUUCUUGGAGAAUAUAUCACCGCUAUGGCCCCUGUUGCCAAAGCGUUUAAUAUCUUGCAGGGAGAAACCAAUGUGCACAUGGGCUGGCUUGUACCAACACUCAACAUUAUGGUUUCCAAACUAAAACGAGCCAAGAUAUCCAUGAAACUGUGCAAGAGCCUGGUAGAUGCAAUUCUUACAGGUGUGAACAAGCGUUUUGGUGACAUGCUCAAUGAUCCAGAGCUGAUUGCGGCUGCAAUCCUGCUUCCGAAGUUUAAAACGUAUUGGACAACGGAUGCUGACAUCCUCAAACUCGGUCUUGACUUCAUAAAAGGAAAUAUGGAGGAGAUCUCUCAGCUUACAAGUGAUGGCACUUCUUCAGAGGAUGAGGAUUUCUUCAAGCCACUGAAGUCAUCCCAGGCACAACAUGGCCCAGUAGUGCUUGAAAGCUAUCUGACAUGUGCUGGUGAUGACAUGGGUGUCCUGAAAACCUUCCCACCUCUAUUGAAGUUGUCAUUAAGGCUCAACACUCCCCUACCUGCAUCUGCUGCUUGCGAGCGACUCUUUAGCACUGCUGGCCUCAUUUUCAGUCCAAAAAGAGCUAGAAUAAAUUCCAAGAACUUUGAGAACCAGCUUUUGUUAAAGUUGAAUAAAAACAUUGCCCCUCUCUGAGACUGAGAGGUAUAUUAUAUCAAAGUCAGCUCUGAUUUUAUUUUUUUUUGUCCAUUUUACUUAAAAGAGACUUUUUUACAAUGUUUUAGUUAUUCCUUUUUUGAACACUUGGGUUUGACUAGACAGGCUUGUUUGAUGUGUUUUGUUCUGCCCUGUCGGAAUUAAGAGGUUCGAUUUCUUUUAUGUAUUAGAAAGUAAAAUCACAUAAAUAAACAAUCUUGUUUUUCAUCUCUGUGUUGAGGACUAGUGCAUCUUUGAGCAAAUGUUCAGUAUGAGUAAAUUACUUAAGUACUUUUAAAAUUGGUUACUUUAAGACUUUUACUCAAGUCGUAUUUAAAUUGGUGACUUGUAACUUGUAGUGGAGUAAUUUUUACAGUAAGGUAUCUGUACUUUUACUCAAAUAUGGCUUUCAGCUACUCUUUACACCACUGCAAAAGUAAGACUAUUGGUCAGAUUUCUAGAGGGUAUAGCACUUCCUUCCGGAGACGGAUGGAGGCCAUCUCUCUUUAACAGGUCAGGUCUUCCCCGGAAAUGCUUCCAAUUGUCUAUAAACCCUACGUUAUGCUGAGGGCACCA